AUGGGGACCCGGAUGACGUCCUAUCGCCUACCCAGCGCCAGCGAGGGUGCAAAGGCAGACAAUGACGUUGACCAUCCGGACUGGAUUGCGCGGUGGAGCACCGGAGUUUCGUCAUGUUCCCUCGAGACAAUUAGCGGACCACAACCUGAGGAGUCUCGUAGAUGAGUAUUGCGCUCAAAGUACCAUCCACGGAAUUGGCUACAUCGGAUCCCGGCGAAGGUCCAUACUGGAGCGGAUCUGGUGGUUCGGGGUUUUUGUGCUCUCGGUGUAUGGUUGGUUGAUCGGCUGUUGGCUGUUCUUCAGAUCUGUGAUGAGUUUUUCCAUGCUAGAAGCUUGAAGUUUCCCGAUCUUUAUGCCAGAACUGAAACCGAUUUCGAUAUUGUUCAAAUAAUGCGUAACAUUUCCGUUCCUUUGAUUGACAUAAUUCUUUUUUGUAAGGUGAAUGGUGUCCGAUGUAAUGAACUCUUCUCCGAAACACUGACUGACGAAGGAAUUUGCUUCACCUUCAAUGGGUUCUCUACUUAUGACAUGUUCCGAGAUGGAGUUCUUCAUGACGAAUACAACUAUCUGAAUGAACCAAAGAAUCUCACAGGUUGGAGUCUAGAAAGUGGAUAUGUCCCUAGGAAAAAACUUGAAUCCCAUCCAAUCCGUGUGUUAGGAUCGGGAUUUGGAGCUGGGUUAACUAUUGAACUGUUGGCACUGGAGGACGAUAUUGAACAACAUUGUAGAGUGCAGCAAGGAUUUAAGGUGAUUAUUCAUCCAUCUACCGAAUAUCCUCAGGUUACGAAAAGUUUUGCCCUGGUGACGUAUUCUCGCGAUGUAACGAUCGCCGUGCGUCCGGUGAUUAUGAGUACUUCAUCGGAGUUGCUAAGCUAUCAUCCGACGCGUCGUCAUUGCUACUUCAACCAUGAAAGACAGUUGAAGUUUUUCCGAGUCUACACUCAGAGCAACUGUGAACUCGAGUGCGUUACCAACUACACGCUGAAAAUGUGUGGCUGUGUCAAAUUUUCAAUGCCUCGUUCUGCGAAAACGCGUAUCUGUCGGACCUCGGAGAUUGCUUGUGUACUUUCAGCGGAGAACAGGAUGCUACUACAGUCUGCAAAGCGACGGUUGAAAAAGCUCCAAACCUAUGGCAGUGCUUGCAACUGCAUACCGGGAUGCACCUCGAUUCACUACGACACCGAGAUUACUCAGUCUAAGUGUGAUUUUAGGAAAACACUUGAGCUGAGAAUAGCUCCGGUAGAUCCUACAAUAAGCGAAAACGUUAGGCAAUAUCAAAUCUCAAAGCUGGGCAUAUACUUCCGGGAGGUGCAGUACAUAACGUCCAAGCGCAGUGAACUGUUCGGCAUGAUAGACUUCAUUUCCAACUGUGGCGGCAUAUUGGGCCUCUGUCUGGGAGUUAGCUUGUUCAGCGUCGUAGAGCUGCUGUACUACUGCUUGGUGCGUCCAUUGCCGCUGAUACGAAAAGCGCUGCGUGGUGGGCGAACUGUAACUAUUGUAAAAGAGAGUGUUGGAAAUCGAUACUAA